CUCUCUGUCUUCUUCACUAUAAAGAUUAAAGACAAUGGAUCCAAAUUCUUACGUACGCAAAUAAUUUAAAGAUAGUUCUCAGCUCAGUUAUGAACUUGUGGCAAGCAACCACCAACUGGUGGAGAAUCCAUGGAACUUUGCGAACUCUGUACCUCCUGUUUUUGGGUCAGGUCGUCUCCUUUGUUCUCGCACUCAUGAGCGUCACUUCCUCUCUUAUAGCCACUCUCGGUGUGGAUGCGCCUAUUACACAGACUAUGUCUACUUACUUCGGUUUGGCUUUGAUUUAUGGGAGCAUCUUGGUGUAUAGGCGUGAGAAGCUACGGGUUUCUUGGUAUUGGUAUCUACUCUUGGGGUUUGUUGAUGUUCAGGGGAACUAUCUUGUGAACGAAGCAUACCAGUUCUCAUCAAUUACAAGUGUGACACUAUUGGACUGUUUCACAAUAGCUUGGGUCAUAAUUUUGACGUGGAUCUUCCUACGCACUCGAUAUUCCCUAUGGCAAUUGUUUGGAGCAGCCACCUGUGUGGUGGGCCUUGGUUUAGUGCUUCUUUCUGAUGCCGGGGUGGGUGGUGGAGGUGGCUCAAAACCUCUUCUAGGGGACAUACUUGUCAUCGCAGGAACCAUUUUCUUUGCCAUGAGCAAUGUUGGUGAGGAGUUUUGCGUUAAGAAAAAAGACCGUGUUGAAGUAAUUUGCAUGAUCGGUGUUUAUGGAUUUCUAGUGAGUGCAUGUCAGAUGUCUAUCCUGGAAUUAAAGACUCUGGAGUCAGUUGAGUGGUCUACAGAUAUUAUAUUAGCCUUUGCUGGUUAUGGUGUAUCAGGCUUAUUGUUCUACACACUUGCUCCAUUUGUUCUCAAGUUGAGCGGAGCGACAUUGUUGAAUCUCUCUAUUCUCACAUCUGAUAUGUGGGCAGUUGUCUUUCGCAUCUUUUUCUAUCGCCAGCAGGUAGACUGGUUAUACUAUCUAGCGUUUGCAGUUGUAGUUAUCGGACUCAUCAUUUAUUCAUUAACGGAAAAAGAUCCGGUUCCUGUACCAGCACUUGAAAAUGGAAACCCCAGCUUGGAAUACCAAGUUCUUGAAGAUGAAAGUGCUACUACACCAAGAAAUCAAGCUUUGACUUCAUGAAGGGGAUAGAAGCACUGGUCUCGAGCCGACUUAAACAUCGAAAUCCGCUGACAAGUAUUCCGGAAACCUGGUAUCGAUCUCAUCUUAAGCAGGGAUUGGCUCAACUGUACCAGCAGACAUAAGUGGGAAGGCAUGCAUUCUAACUUCAAUGCUAAUAUAUCUACCAACAGCAAUGACAACCUCCACAUUUUGGAAAGAGGAUGCCAAUUAUAGCUAGUGCAGUAACUGUUGUUGGGAAAUGCUUUUUUGUUUUGCUUUUGUCUGAACUGUUGGGUAUUGAGAAGAACACUCUUUGCAGUCUUGCUAGUUAUCCAAAACAAUAUUAUUCAUUUUGGAAUUGAAACAGCUUCUCAGUAUAGCCAAUUUGUAUUAAUGUCCCAGAUGUAUCAGUAUGGAUAUGUUAGAAUUUCAAUACAGCAUUCCUGCAGUCCAACAGUUGGGAUUUUUUUC